CGGCAGCCGCUUGAGCUGAGUUUUCCCCCCUACACACUACUCAAAAAAAAGGAGUCCUUAAAUUUCUAAUAAAACAAACUUCAAAGCCGAAAAAAAAACACAAAAAUAUAUAUACACAAAAAAAAGCUAAAGGACAACACUUGCUUUACACAUUUUUUUUUUUACUGUUGUUGGUGUGUGCUGCUCACUGAGUUUGUGUGUGUGUGUGUGUGAACUAAUUAAAUUGCGCAUACGCCAUGUACGCACAACAGGCAAUUAAAAACAUCCUUCUUCUGCUGUUGCUCUGCGCCAGCCUAACGCAAGCUGCGUACAAGCUGCAGGAGCGUUACAGCUGGAAUCAACUGGACUUUGCGUUCCCCAGCGAGAGGCUGAAGGAGCAGGCGAUUGCCACCGGCGAUUACAUUCCACAGAACGCUCUGCCCGUUGGCGUCGAGCACUUUGGCAAUCGUCUGUUUGUCACCGUUCCCCGUUGGCGUGAUGGCAUUCCGGCCACACUGACCUACAUCAAUAUGGAUCACAGUUUGACUGGGUCGCCAGAGCUGAUACCGUAUCCGGAUUGGCGCAGCAAUACGGCCGGAGAUUGCGCGAACAGCAUAACGACAGCGUAUCGCAUCAAAGUCGAUGAAUGCGGACGUCUUUGGGUGCUCGACACCGGCACCGUGGGAAUCGGAAACACAACAACGAAUCCCUGUCCCUAUGCGGUGAAUGUGUUUGAUUUGACCACGAACACACGCAUUCGUCGCUACGAAUUGCGCAGCGAUGACACAAACCCGAAUACGUUUAUUGCCAACAUCGCUGUGGAUAUUGGAAAGAGUUGUGACGAUGCUUUCGCGUAUUUCUCGGAUGAAUUGGGCUACGGACUGAUUGCCUACUCGUGGGAACAGAACAAAUCGUGGCGUUUCUCCGCUCAUUCAUAUUUCUUCCCCGAUCCCCUGCGCGGUGAUUACAACAUUGCUGGACUGAACUUCCAGUGGGGUGAAGAGGGCAUCUUUGGCAUUGCGUUGUCGCCCAUCCGGUCGGAUGGCUAUCGCACCUUGUACUUCAGUCCGUUGGCCAGUCAUCGUCAGUUCGCUGUGUCGACACGCAUUCUGCGCGACGAAUCGCGCACCGAGGACAGUUACCAUGAGUUCAUUGCCCUCGAUGAGCGUGGCAGCAAUGCGCACACAACGGCGCGUGUGAUGAGCGACGAUGGUGUCGAGUUGUUCAAUCUGAUCGAUCAGAAUGCCAUCGGAUGUUGGCAUUCGUCGAUGCCGUAUACACCGCAAUUCCAUGGCAUCGUUGAUCGCGAUGAUGUCGGUUUGGUUUUCCCCGCCGACGUCAAGAUCGAUGAGCACAAGAACGUUUGGGUUCUAUCCGAUCGGAUGCCGGUCUUUUUGCUCUCCGAUCUCGAUUACAGCGAUGUCAACUUCCGCAUCUACACCGCACCCCUGGGCGCCCUCAUCGAGAAUACCGUUUGUGAUCUGCGCAACAAUGCUUAUGGACCCUCGAACGCGGUCUCGCUGCCCAAACAACCCGCCGUUGUCACGCCCAUCUACAAACCGUAUCGACCACCGCAGAAGCCACAGCUCUCCACCAGCUGGACACCAUCGCCACCGCCCCCGCGCACCUAUUUGCCCGCCGUCUCAGCCCCUGGCGUUGGACAAUCGCCAGUCUCAAGCGUCAGUGUUUCCACUUCAACGAACGGAGGUUUGGAUGUGCCCAAGGCGUAUGUGUUCAAUCAGCACAACGGCAUCAACUACGAGACGAGCGGACCCCAUCUCUUUCCCACACAUCAGCCACAGGCGCCACAGCAGCGAGAGGCGCUCAAGAGCUAUGUGAAUGCCCGUCAAUCCGGCUGGUGGCAUCAUCAUCAUCAGGGUUAAGGAUAGAGCAGAGAGCAGAGAGCGCUC